GACGCAAGCUGCCUGCUGCGGCUCGUCGAAGCUCGUCUGCUUUGUUUUUGUUUCAAAUAAUUGAAAAGCCUGUGUGUGUAAAUUUAUUCAGAUAGAAACUUUAUGUUUGUGCUUGCCAUACAGUAGAUCAUGGAUUCAAACUCCUCACCUUUCAGUUACAACUUAGAUUUUUAGAUCAAAAUGGGAUUAUGAGAUUUAUAAUCACUUAGGAGAAUUGCUUAGAUCCAAUGCGAAAGAGGGUAAAAAAAGAACUGGGGACGGUUGCAUAAACUGUUUAGACUUGUCUUAAAACGUUUGUCAUCUUUUUUUUUCCCAUCAAGACCGGGACUCAUAACUUUUUAAAUUCAGUUAUGAAAAGGUAGAUUUUCUGUAUUAGAGGUCGGAGAUGUGGGAACGGUGAAGAGAGAGAGAGAGGGCAAACAUUUUAGGUCUGCAUUGCCGUCUAAUCAGCCAUUAUUGUCUUAAAUAGCCUGCAUAACACUUAAUCUUUUAUAACAUGGGAUUUUGACCAAAUAUAUUCAAUCUUGAUUUUUGCAACAAGAUGUAACUUUGUGUGAGAAAAAAUUACAGAAAAAAAAAAACACUUUCCUGCAGAGUUCAGUUCUAACCCUGAUCAAACACACCUGUCUGUAAUUAUCAAGUGCCCCUUCAUAUCCUAAUUAGUCGGUUCAGUUGUGUUUGAGCUGAACUCUGCAGGAAGGUAGAUCUCUAGGAACAGGGUUGGGCUCCCCUGCCUUGAAGUAACUAUAAAUGAGCAUAUGACUGAUGAGAAUGGGUUCGGGGAGCUGCUGCGGAUGACAGCAGAGGAGUUUGAGUUUCUGCUGCAGAUGGUGGGGCCCCUCAUUACCAAGCAGCACACAAAAAUGAGACGGGCGAUAUCCCCAAGAGAUCUUGACCUAUCUGUGACCUUGCGGUUUUUGGCAACAGGCAAAACAUUCAGUUCCCUCAGUGCACAGUACAGGAUUGGGGCCAGCACUAUUUCACAGAUAGUUAUGGAGACCUGUGGCGCUCUGUACCAGCUUAUGAAAAAAGACUUUUUGAAGACACCAUCAACAGAGACAGAAUGGCGGGCAAUAGCCCAGGACUUUGAAUCGAAAUGGCAAUUUCCACAUUGCCUAGGUGCGCUUGGUGGAAAACAGAUUUAUAUACAGCCUCCAGUAAAAAGUGGCUGCCUUGACCACAAUAACAAGGGCUGAUUAUAUGUGACAAUAAUGGCUGCUGUGGAUGCAAAUUACAAGUUCAUCUAUGCUAGUUUGGAAACCCAAGAUAAGGUCUCUGAUGCUGGACUAUUCGCUCAUUCCGACUUGUGUAAAGCGAUGGAUCAGGGUCUGUUGAAUUUUCCUCCACCUGAACCAUUGCCCAAUAGUGACAUAACAAUGCCGUACAUGUUUGUGGGUGAUGAGGCGCAUCCUUUAAGGCCUGAUCUUAUGAAGCCAUAUCCAAAUAAACAGAUGGACCCCAGUCGGGGGAUACUAAACUAUCGUCUUUCAAGGGCAUGUAGAGUUGCAGAAAAUGCAUUCAGCCUUCUAGCAAACAGAUUAAGGGUUUUCAGGAGCACCAUAUUCUUGGAGCCAGACAAAGUGGAGAAGAUCGCUAUGGCCUCUCUGUGCAUCCAUAACUUCCUCCGCGAGCGCAGGUCCGAGGUAUAUACACCUCCAGCAUUUUCAGAUUUGAAGAAUGGGGACCACAGCAUAGUUGAGGGAACCUGGAGGAAUCGAGGGCAUGGGACUUGCCAGCCGCUCGAGCCAAGAGAGGAACACAAUGCAUUAGCUACGGCAGAAAUGCAACGAAACCUUCUGCGUGACUAUUUUGUCUCGGCGGCAGGUUACAUUCCUUCACAAGAGGAAAACAUAAUGUUGGAUUAGUAUUUUUGUAGUCAGAUUUCAAAUGCAUUUGAUAGCACUCUUUGCAAUACACAUCGUUACAAAGCAGCUUUACUGAAAAAUAUUUUGUGUGUGAGGGAGAGCUUCUCUGACAGAUUGCCUUUUAAGGACAUUUUUUCCUUUUAUUUAUUUUUAUUUUCUUAAAGUGCAUUUACUAAAAAAAAAAGAUGUGGUACUUUUGGUACAGAAUGUCGUGUAGAUAUUAUGCCUUCAGGCCAUGCAAGUUUCAGAUAUAUAUUCGACAUCGUUUCAAUUGCCUGUAACAACAGAGGCUAUUUAUAUAACCUUUGUUUCAAAAAAAGAAAUGUACAAUAAUUGAUAGAGUACAUAAAAUAACUGUAUAAAGUUAUUUAUAACAUGCAUUAGUGUACAGAUUCUGAAAGAUAGUGAUAUGUUUACUGUUGUUUUAACACUGUAAGGUCAACCCUGCUUAUGCCUUUUACAACAGUGAAAUAAAAUCAACCUUGUUUACACAAACCAACAGUGUAACCAUUUUGCUACCAAUAAUCCACAUCUAUGCAUAAAAGUAGCUUUAUGAAGUAAAUAGAGGACAAAUUUCACAUAGCAUGUCUGGAUAUAUUGACUAUCUUAAUAAUAAUCCUUAAUUCUGCCUGGUUUUCACAAGUACUAAAUGCAUCACAUUUACAUUUAAUCAUUUAGCAGACGCUUUUAUCCAAAGCGACUUACAAAUGAGAACAAUAGAAGCAAUCAGACCAAUGAGAGAACAACAACAGUAUACAAGUGCUAUG